AUGGCGACGCCCGUCAAGGGCGAGGAGGAGAGCGUGAAUCAGGACACCAUCAUCAUCCUCAACGCUGGUGCGCAUUGGUCUCGCCAUGAGCUUCCGAUGAUACCUCACUCGAAGGAUUUGGGUGAUCAGCGCUUAGUCGAGCGAGCCUACUCGCGCAUGAUCGACCUCAACGCUGCAAGACUCUCGCCCAUCGCUCGCACCAAGAUCUUCUACCGCACCACCUCCCCAGGACACCCGUCCUGCCACAACCAGGACGAACCCUACACAUCCCUGGAAGCUGCGCACGCUGGCGAACGUAACCUCGUCGACCGGCUCAUCGCUCUCGCCGACGACCCGCGUAUCACGACGCCCGAAAUGCGCCAGGAGAUGCUCUCACAAAGAGUACGUUGGGACUGGGACCUGUUCGUGCCGCACAACAAGUUGUGGAAGAAGCGCAUCGCGGAGUUGCAGCAGCAACGCGCGGCGCAGCAGCGGAAGGCGGACGCGCAGGAGGAGCUGGACAGGCGACAGAAGGAGGAGCAGGAGCGGCAGAGGCACCACCACAAGCAGCACUCGGGACGACCGAAGACGGAUUCCGAGCCGCAUUGGGUAGAGGUGGAGGAGGUGAAUGCGCAAUGGUACUACCUCGACAUUUGGGACAUGUCGCUGCAGCGGCCUGACGCGCAUCUGAAGCCAGGGAAGGAUUGCUUGCACUAUUGCUUGCCGUCUGUCUUCAAUGAGUGGAUUCAUCUGUUCAAUCAUGAGCUGUAUCUCAUCGAGAACGGCAAACCUCCCACAGCGUAG